AUGAUAAAAUCAUCACAAUACUCAGGAAUUGUGCAAGUUGAUGCAAAAGCAACAAGAUAUUCGAAUGGUCUUAAUGUAUGGCACAUGGAAGUUGCUGGUUUCUCUGAUAAUGCUAGUGAUGAUGAUAUUGUUAAUGAUACAAGAAAGGCAUUUCACACAGACCUCUUGAAUUUAAUAAUGAUACUGCGGAAUCACCUAGAUUGUGAUGUAAACGUUGCAUCUAAAGUAAAGGUGUUCAGCACCCAGGCAAUCA